AUGGGUGCCAGUGACUCGAAACUUGUCUUCAAAAAGGGCAUCUUUCGGCUCUCGGAAGAACGGCGCAUUGCGGCGAGCGAUGCUUACUGGGCCUCGUUCUGGGAGUUGCCCGAAUCCUCCGAGGAUAUCUUUAGCCUCUUUGCCCCCGCCGAUGUGCGCCGCACCCGUGACAAUGCGCUCGAGAAUCUCGAAAGUCUGAUCCGGACUACGACGGACCGCCUGUUCAUGCUCCGCCAUCACCCCUCGUUUCCCGAUCCCGAGCUAGCUCCCGACCGAGAGGUCCUGAAUUGUAUUAGGGUUCUGACCCGGGUGCUUCCAUUUGUCUACGAAAAGGAGUCGCUGCAGCAAUGGGAAGAGGAGCUCUUUUGGACUUCGAGGCGCAAGCCUACCAGGAAGUCUUCCAUCGCGAACGAGGUGCUCUUCGACGGAGCCCAGGACCCACAAACCAAACCGCCCGCAGAGGAAUUCGAGGACGCGAAACCGCUCGCCGAAGAGCUCAUUGACACCCUGCUCGAUCUCCUCUUCUUCUCCGAUCUCACCGUGCCUAAGGCCCCGCAGGGCAAACCCAAGGUUACCUACGCCAUCUGGCAGAGCGGCGUGGGGUGCAACACGUCGAUUCCCACCACGCGGGAGCAUGAGAGCAACCGAUGCGAGAUCCUGCGACUGCUCCUGACUCUGGCGAGCCAUAGCAUGUACUUGUCGCCGAAUGUCCUGCCGCAGCAGGGGACCAAGGCACUCACCUACAUAUGCUCCAAUUCGGACAAGCAGGUCGUGCUCUCAGUUCUGUGUUCCUUGCUAAACACGACCCUCAAAUACAACCCGGCGAGCUGGCGAGUUCCGUACAAUGCGUUGGUCUUUAAAGAUCCCAAAGAGAAUUUGGUCACCUACACGCUGCAGCUCCUGCUGGUGGUCUUGCUCUACCCCAUCCCAGAGCAAAAUGGAGUCACUCCCUCCAAGAACUACUAUCGCCACUUUCUCGGCCGCCUACACCGACCGCAGGACUUCCAGUUCGUCGUGGACGGCAUGACACGGAUCCUGAACCAGCCGCUACAGUCCAACUCUUCCUACAUACCCGGAGCACAGUCGUCGAUCCGAUUUUCUCCCGAGAUCAUAAUGUUGUUUUGGGAGGUCACGCAGUGCAACAAGCGGUUCCGAUCUUUCAUUGUCGACACGGAGAGGGCGCACGACUUCAUCGUGCUCAUUCUUUUCUACGCGCUCGAGUACAAGAAUGAUGCCUCGAAACAAGGGGUUGUCAGAAUGUGCGCCUUUCUGCUGCAGACCCUGAGCGUCGAGAAGAACUUUGGGGUGAACCUGAACAAGUCGUUUGACGCGCAAGACACCUUGCCAGCUGCCAUCCGCAUUGCUGGGUUUAGAGGCACAUAUGGUGACUACCUCAUUCAGUCCAUCUACGGACUCAUCACGACAAGUCAGGGGAAGUUGACUGCCAUUUACCCCGCUCUCCUGGCGGUCAUUAACAACAUUGCGGCAUACCUUGAAGGCCUGAGUGGGCCGACGUGCUCCAAGAUUAUGCAGUUGUACAACUCGAUGUCUUCGCCUUCGUUUCUACUUGCGAACGAGUCCAACCACAGCCUGUUACAGUCUCUACUGGAGGCUAUCAAUGCUAUUGUUGAACACAAGUACAACAGAAACCCCCAGUUUAUCUUCGCCAUAAUGAAGAACAAGAAACGGUUUGAAGCGUUGCGCUCUCUGACGCUGGAAAGUGGGCAAGCGGAGAUAGAACGCCGCAACCGCCGCAGAAAGGACAGCAACGCGUCCCACGACCCAUUGGAGCCAAACUCGACCCGAAGUUCGAUCGAGAGCAUCAGGAGCCCGACAGCACCGCUACGAGCGCCAACCCUGGAUAAUGUUCCGGAAGAAGACGGCACCUUUGCCAUCGGCGAGGACGACGACGACGAUAGCGACGACGACGAAGAAGCACGGCCGACACCGGCUGCGUCCAGUCCCAGCGACAAUCCCUCGGCCGCUUCAUCGGUUGCGUCUGUGGCCGACGACGACGUGCCAAGACAGCUUCAGGGAAUGUCAGAGAAGGCACGCGGGAAGAUGCCAGCCGGGGCGAGCAACUUUUCUCGCCAAAACAGCACAACCAGCCUCAGCAGCCCCGUCGCGGGCCAAUCGUCGAGUGGCCUAUUCGAGCCAUCCGCCCAUUGGAUAGAUAGCUGGCUGCCCGAGUUACCGCUUCAUACCAUCUUGACCGUCCUCCAGCAACUGACGGUGCUCCUCCCGCGUCAGGUCUUGUCCGCGGACGCGCCCACGGCCACAACCCUAGCGAAGAUCCGCGAGGUACAGCUGGUCGGGGUCGAGCCGUCACCGGUACGAGUGCAUUCGUUUGAGUGGUCACCUCUGGCAUUAGGGUGGUACGAGUCGCUCCUCUGGGGGUUCAUUUUCGCCAGCGAGAUGCAGGUGGCCAAGGGCACGGUGGGGGUGUGGAACACGACGCAGAUCAAGCUGUUCAGGGUCCAGGAAACGGCGGCGCAGGGGCCGUCGCUGACGUCCCCGCGUGGGGCUGUUGAUGCGGUCGGCAGCAAUAUUGUGUCGCGGAUUGGGGCGAUGAACUUGAGAGGGGGGAACCAUAACAACAACACCAGCAACGGCAACAACAACCCCACGGGGCCAGCCAUGGGAGGUAUAUAA